AUGGGUAUCUCACGUGAUUCACGACACAAGCGUAGAAAGACAGGAGGUCGUAUGCCUAUUCAUAAGAAAAAGAGAGCUUUUGAGAAGGCCAGACAACCAGCCAUGACUAAGCUUGGUCCAAAACGUAUUCACCUAGUUCGUGGCCGUGGAGGAAACCAAAAAUACCGAGCUCUUCGCUUAGAUGCUGGAAACUUCUCCUGGGCAAGCCAAAAUGUGACUAUCAAAACCCGUAUUCUAUGGGUCGUCUACAAUGCCACAAAUAACGAAUUGGUUAGAACUAACACGAUCACUAAAAACACCAUCUUAGAAGUUGAUGCCACUCCUUUCAAAGCCUUUUUCUACAAGACUUAUGGCCAAGAUCUCGGAAAAGUGAAGAAGGAAGAAACCGCUACAAGAUCAGCUAAAGCUCAAGAAAAAUGGGAAAAAAUAAAGAAAUUGACAAUAAAUAUGAUCAAUUUGGAGAAAAUAAUUAAAAAUGGCAAAAUAUAGGAAAAAGAAUACAAAAGGAAUGGGAAGAGAAUUCUAAGGAAAAGAGAAUCGACCCUACCUUGGAAAGCGAUUUUAAGACUGGAAGACUUCUAGCUUGUAUUACGUCAAGACCUGGACAAAGCGGAAGAGCUGAUGGAUAUAUUUUGGAAGGAGAAGAGCUGGAGUUCUAUAAGAAGAAACUUGAAAAGAAAAAGACUAAGUAA